GAUGUCUGUACUCGCAAGGCUCCGUCUUUUAUCAUUCGGAAGCGUUUGUUUAUUUUGUGUGCGUUGUGUGUGUGUGUGCGUGUCUGUCUACAUGGGGAGCUUACGUUCUAACCCCCCUCCCCGACCCCUCUCCGGCGUUACACAGUAAUUAGAAUUGUUAAUGCGCUGCUGCAAUAGCGAAACAUGCGGAUUGAAAAUUAUUGCGACGCACGCAGUCCUGCGAUUUGUCGCGGAGGAGCCAAGGUGGCCUGGUCACGAGGCGUCUUGAACCAAGAUGAAUUUGUGAACGAUUGGAAUUACUUUAACGCGAGUUGUUAGGUAGGGGAUCGGAAUAGAACUGAUAGCGUUGGUGUUCAAGAUCUUUACAAGUUAUGUGUUUUGUUGUUGGCGUCCUUGUAAACGACACGAUUUAAGAUGUCGUUCGCGCAAUUCGGAUAUCAAUACACACCUGCAACACAGCUCGUGUUGCACAAGCCCACUGCUGAGGUGUGCGGGUCCCGGCGGGAGGAUGGCAUCUGCACGGUUGGAGGCAGGGUUGGGAUUGGCCAGUGCCCCAUGCAGAGCCCCUUUGACCGAGGGUUAUGCGUAGGAGGACUGGGUGCGUUUUCCGCAGCCUCCCCAGCCUACGGAGCUUACCUCUCCUACCACGGACAGCCGCAGUCGAUCUAUACGCCGAUGGCUGGAUACGAGCUUGCGGAUGGGACCAGGUCGGCUCUGGCCCAUGGCUCUUACUGCACCUACGAUCCCACACUCUCCCACUACCAAUGCGACAGGUACGGCGCUGCAGAAGCGAAUGCCGCACGGCGCAAGAACGCCACUCGCGACGCCACGGCCACGCUCAAGGCCUGGCUCAACGAGCAUCGCAAGAACCCGUACCCCACCAAGGGGGAGAAGAUCAUGCUGGCCAUCAUCACGCGCAUGACGCUCACCCAGAUCUCCACUUGGUUUGCCAAUGCUCGCCGACGUCUUAAGAAGGACAACAAGAUGACGUGGACUCCCCUGGGCAGCCACAGCCGGGACGAGAAGGAGGCUGAAUGUGACAGCAGCCAUGCAGAUCAACAAGAGGACAAUGGUGAUGACUCUCGACUGAUGGACAAGGGGGACGAGGGCAGAGGCGGUGACCACCGAAGAAUUUGCAGCCCAGCCACAAUGAGCAAGCACUCAUUGUCCCCUACAGGGAUGCACAGCAGCAGCAACAGCAGCAGCAGCAGCGACAGCAGUGAGAGCAAUCUUGCCCUGACUGUCCAACAGCAUGCACCGCCAAUCCCCAACAGCGACGCUGACGACGAUAAGCAGCACCUCGCCGGCCACUCGAGCGGUGGACAUCGCGGCGUGAUCCGAGACAGCGGUCUCAUCGACGGCGCCACCUGGGAAGGACGAGCCGAGCAGAAGCCUCCGGCCGCAGACAAACCCAAGAUCUGGUCCCUAGCUCACACGGCGACUGCUCAGAUGGGUGAGCAGAGCCGCUGGUCCCCAAGGCCUGGCUCGGUGAGUGCCCUGCCUUACUUCGUCCCACCGCCACCGCCGCAACUUGCCGUUGACUCUGGAGACAAUCCCUCCACGGGCGUGCCCCCCAUGGAGGGAUUGCGAUGCUGGGCGAGCGAGGCCUACCAGGGAGGCUUUUCGGCGGCAGGAGACCUACUGUGGGGAGGCGAUGGCAGCGAGAGGGGAUCGUCGUUCUGGACCGAUGGCGGUGGCCUGAGGUUCAAAUUGGCCGCAGAGAGGGGGACAGAUGGCGCUGGGCGGUCAUGAAGUGCCCAGCCUGGCUUGAUGCAGUAGUGACUCGGCGCCCUCUGCAAUGGUGCGAAAGGGGGCUUCAAGUGUAAAGAAGAUGCCUUGAGGCUUAGAAUUUUAAGAAUAGAUCUUCCUCAUAUGAACAUAAGGCAGAUCUGAAACUUGGUAGGACGCAAUACCUUGGCUGUGGCUGAUCAUUGUUUUAAUGCGGUGGGCUCACACGAAAUAGAUUUCUCUAAGACGAAGGUACUUUGCAAACCCACUGGCUAUCAAUAAAGAUUCGUUCAUGAAGCCAUCCAUAUAUACAGACAAAGACACAAUUUCAACCGAGAAGUUGGGUACAAAAUCAUUGGAAGGACGUUAUCAACCCGUUCAAGUCAUAACUGGCUGUGAUGUUCCCAUCCUACCACCUUCCGAUGUUAGUUGUUAUUUUCGGCUCUCUAAUUUUACAUUAACAGGUUAAAAUUUUUUGAGGAGGGUCCUGCUAUCAUCACCAAUGACAUUGUUUCUAGCUAUGGGAAGAAACGGGAGAAACCUGAGGAAGAACAUACAAGCUCCACAGAGAAAGGCGCUGGAGUCAGGAAUCGAACCCAGGGAGCUUUUUGCCGCGAGUCACGAGUGUUACCACUGCACCAGCCUGCAGCCCCAUUGGACCGACGGGUGGACACAUGUGAAGUGGCACGGCGAAUACUUGUCGCCUUGAAGUUGUUGGUCGGACCCAUACCUCCAUAAUGGAAUGGUACACUCCGCAAGCAGUUCUUUUUCUGAACAGUGUUGUAUUGGAUGCACUGCUUUUCAAUCACUGUUUACCCUUUAAAUGGCCAUAUUAUCAGGAUUAUCAGAUACACUUUCUCCCCCUAUAUUUUACAGCAAAGGUUGGGGUGCGUCUUAUAAUCCAGAGGAUAUAGGCCCUUUUCAGAAGACAUGUUUUAACCUAGUUGUUCAGAAUCAUCGUCCAGAAGACAUCUCUCUCCAUAUUAAAGCAACAGGUUUUAUAAUAAUCUAAGAAGACUUUCCACAGUACCGUAUUAUCCUCAUUAUGAAACACACUUUUAUUAAAAAUGACCCUAAAGUUUUGGGUCCAUCUUAUUUCCUGGAGGGUCUUGUAAUCUGGAGAAUACGAUAUUUAGGCUGGGGAGCAAUAUGGUUAGAGCACUCAACUUACAAUUGCAAGGUUGUGAGUUAAUAUGCAAUUGGUAGUUCACUCAGCUCAUCAUCUUUAUUGGGAUGAUAACAUUGGUGCCACUUUGUAGAAGUCAACUGUGGCUGUUUUAUGGAAAGACUCAUCCCUGCCAUGGGAAUGUAUAAUUUCCACCACUAGUUCAGACUAUCAUGGGGAUGAGUUUACUUGCCUCGACCCCUUAGUUAAGAGUGGAACAAUCUUAAUUAUAUUUCCUUUGCAUCCUUUGUAUGGUUGGUAUGAAAACCUUGGAAUAUUCCACUACUUGCAAGGGGGGUAAGGUGAUGUAUCUCCAAACCCGUUCCAUGAAUUCACGUUUCUGAGUGCAUUGAUAUUUUUUUCAGCUUUCCAGAUAUUGACAAUAAAACCAAAU